GGUCAAUGACUGUCGAGAUCUGGGGCACGUGAUGGGGCGGGCCCUUCGCCGGAAGGGCUGGCUGAGGCGAGCGGCCGGUAGCGCGAUAUGGAUCAGAAACUUUCAGAGUUGGUAGAAGAGCUCACAACUUCAGGAGAGCCCCAAGUGAACCCCGAGAAAAUGAAGGAACUGAAGAAAAUUUGCAAGUCUUCAGAGGAGCAGCUUGGCCACGCCUACCACCUGCUGAUGGCCCAGCUGAGCCAGGAGCAUGCGGAGAUCCGCCUCUCCGCCUUCCAGGUCCUGGACCAGCUCUUCGCCAGGUCUCACCAGUUCAGGACGCUGGUUGUUUCCAACUUCCAGGAGUUCUUGGAGCUCACGCUGGGCACCGACCAUGAGCGGCCCCUGCCACCCCCCAGGGAGGUGGCACAGAGACUGAGGCAGGCAGCCACCCGGGCCGUCCGUGGCUGGAACGAGAAGUACGGCACAGCCUAUAAGAAGCUGGCCCUAGGCUUCCACUUCCUAAAGCACAGCAAACAGGUAGAUUUCCAAGACGCGGAUGCUCGCACUCUGGCAGAAAGAAAGCGAGCAGAAGAGAAACAGAAGCGCUUGGACAGAAUCUACAAGGAAAGGUCUGAGUGGGCAGCGAGAGAGAUGGAAGAGAUGUCCACGGAGAUCCGGGGCUGCCUCACCGAGCUAGAGAACUGCUUCCGACUGCUGCUGCCCUUUGACCUCGACCUGGGCCCCGCGGCCGCCGGGUGCCCCGUGCCCGAGGAGGGCGACAGGGACGAGGAGCAGCCCUGCUGCAGCAAGAGUCUGCCCGCCUGCGCACGCCACCCAGGAGGCAUGGGCACGGGAGGGCCGCCCCCGGAGGACGAGGACGGUGACCUGGACGGGUUCGUGCGACAGCACGGGCUGGGCUCCCGCCAGUACACGCUGGCCGUGGACCUUUCCUCAGACAGUCUGAGGGUGUGUGAGAACGAGGACAACUCGGCUGUCAUUCGUGCGGCGCAGGAUGCGCUCAGGCUCAUCCAGAACAAGCUCCUGCCGGCCACAUGUUCCUGGGUCCAGCUGUUCACUCGUGCGGGGACACAUGGCGGGCACUUGGAGGGCGCCAUCCACCUGAAGGCCGAGCUGGAAACCGCCUUGAAGAGGUCCCGGGAGCUGGACAUCGCACCCGAGGAGGGCCGCAGGGGCGAGACAGCAGGCCCCGAGGACGAGGACGAGGAUGACUUCCUGGAGGUCCCGGAGAAGGAGGGCUACGAGGCCUGUGUCCCCGAGCACCUGCGGCCUGAGUGCGGGCUGGAGGAAGGUCUGGUUGCACCAGGCUCGCAAGCGAGGAAGAAGCCUGGGACGGACACAGACGCCUGCGACCCCACCUCUGCGGCCGCCCAGCGGCAUCAGCUCCAGCCCCACGGGCCCCCAGCCUCGCCCCUGAGCCCCAGGGCUCUGCUAGCACCCGAGCAGGCCGCGCGGCGGGCGGCAGAGCAGGCCCGAGCGCCUGUUGUCCCCUUCGGGGUGGACCUGUGCUACUGGGGCCAGGAGGAGCCGGCGGCCGGCAAGAUCCUCAAGUGUGACUCGGAGCACCGCUUCUGGAAGCCCUGCGAAGUUGAUGCCGAGGUGGAUAGCGCCGGCGUCUCCGAGGCCCUGAGGAGCCGCUGCUUCACCUUCGCGGGACGGUUCGAGCCUGUGCAGCACCGCUGCCGCGCCCCGCGGCCCGACGGCCAGCUCUGUGCACGCCAAGACCGCCUGAAGUGCCCUUUCCACGGGAAGAUCAUCCCACGAGACGACGCAGGCCGGCCCCUCCAUGCGGAGGACAGGGCCCGAGAGCAGAGGCAGCAGCUGCAGAAGCCAGCGGGGCGCCCAGACUGGCAAGACCCCGAGUUCCUGAGGGACGUUGAGGCGGCCACCGGGGUGAAUCUGGGCUCGUCCAGGCCUGGCGGGAAAGGCAAGGGCAAGCGGCGGAAGCACCCAGGCCUCACCGACCUCAAGCGGCAGGCUGACACGGCCCGCGCGCGCAUUGCCAAGAAAGUGUUCGCCAAGGCAGCUGUGCAGAGGGUGGUCACCGCCAUGAACCAGAUGGACCGGAAGAAGCACGAGAAGUUUGCAAAUCAGUUUAACUACGCCCUGAAUUAGGGCCCACCCCAUUCAUGAUCCCCUGUGGUCGUCAGCUCCUCUCUGGGUGCGGGCGGUAACAGCAGUCAUCAUCCAGUGUGUUUAAUGCGAGGACUUGGUGCACACUGUAAAUGUCCCUGAGGCGUGGACGUUCCUGCUGCGGGGACCUCGGCCAGCGCUUACGGGCCGCCUGCCUGGUCACGUGGGGUGAACCGGGCAGCCUGGCUCCCAGGCGGCGUCUUGUAUGGCCUGUGCGCUUUGUGACGUGGUUCAGGGUUGCUCAACGUCCAGGACGAGUGCAGCCCCGCCCUGCCCCCAGCCUUCUCCCCUUCUCUUCUGGGUCUGCCUGUGGGACGUUUCCUGUGCCUGGAGUCACAGCCCCACACAGCCCUGGGUGUGGCUGCCUUCAUGUGGCACAGCGUCCUCAAGGCCGUCCCCUCUGGUGCAGUCAGCGCAUUGUCCUCUUACGUCCAGAUGACACUCCGCUGUGUGAACAGACCACGCUUACCCGUUCAUCGUGGACAUGUGGGUGGUUUGCACUUUGGGAUUAUUACAGAUACAGUUAAUGACCGUUUGUGUGCAAAUUUUUGCAUGGGCGUAUAUUUUCAUUCCUUUUGGGUUUAUGCCUAGAGAUGAAAUGGAUGGGUUGUAUAGUAACUGUGUUAAACUUUACUGAUGAAUUGCUGAAAUGUUUUCCAAAGCAGCUGUACCAUUUACAUCCCUACCAGUGCAUCUGGUGGGUGCUCAUUUCUCCAUGUUCAUGCCACACUUGUUAUCAGUCUUUUUAAUUUUAGCCAUCUUAGUGGGUGUGAAGUGGCAUCUCAUUGUGGUUUUGACUUGCAUUU